UCUCUGGUUUUUUCCUUAUUAGACUAUCUGUAACAGCUCAAAAACAUCCCACGAGCUCUACACCUGCUGCAUCUUCUACCUUCUCUUUUAUCCUUAUCUCUACUCUGCAACUUCCCACUCUUCAAUUAUUUCUCUCACCCAUUUUCUUUGUUUUUAACUUUCCUCUCCAUUUUUCUUUUUUCUUUCUCAUCAAACAAACAGAAUAAACUCUUCAAAAUAUACAUAUACAUUUCAUCAACUUUCUCUUAUAUCGAUCUUUCUUUUAAUAAUAAUAAUAAUAAUAAGUUUUAAGAAUCCUUUCUCUUGUUUUGUAUAUGGCGCUUGAAACAUGGUUGAUCAAGGUAAAGACUGCUAUAUCGAACAAGUUCGAUGUGGUAGUAAAAUCUUCCGCACCCCAUCCAAAACCUAAAAGGAAAUGCAGCAGCGUCGGCGUUUUAGCCUUCGAGAUCGCCGGCCUAAUGUCAAAGCUUCUCCAUCUAUGGCAAUCCUUAUCUGACAAAAACAUGAUUCGGCUCCGAAACGAUUCGAUCUCACUCGAAGGAGUCCGAAAGAUCAUCUCCAACGACGAAGCUUUCCUUCUCGGCCUCGCCUGCGCCGAAAUGGUGGAGAACCUCCGACUCCUUGCUAAAUCGGUCUCGCGGAUAAGCAAACGCUGCGACGACCCGAACCUCCAGUGUUUCGGCCAAUUGUUCGAGGAAUUCGCCAACUCAGGCCGAGACCCUCACGGCUUGGUUCUGAGCUGGAAAGAGAUGGAGACCAAGAUCAAGAAAAUGGACCGAUACGUCACCGUUACGGCCACGCUGUAUAGAGAGAUGGACGAGCUCUCAGUCAUGGAAAGCGCGUUGAGAAAAGUAGUCAACAUCAACAACGAACACGACUCGACAAAAGAACAGAAAAUCGUCGAUCUUCAGCAGAAGAUUUUUUGGCAGAAACAAGAAGUGAAGUAUAUGAAGGACAGAUCUCUGUGGAAUCGAAGCUUCGAUACGGUCACUUCUGUACUUGCCAGAUCUAUUUUCACCAUUUUAGCCAGGACGAAGCUGGUUUUCGGUAUAGGACAGCAACAAUACCAUCCUUCAUCUUUACCCAGAAGUCUCUCGGCCUCGGCUACCGUUUACCCUUCCGAUCAAAACCCUUCCACUCCAUAUCAUUUUGUGUCAGGUCCGUUAAAUUCCGCGAAAACAGAAGAAAACAAAGAAUCAGCCAUGGCUGCUGACGACGAUGAUAGUGGUUUUUUCGAGUCGAAUUCGAAGAUUUUAAAGCCUCCUCCGACUACCUUAGGUGCUGCAGCUUUGGCAAUUCACUAUGCCAAUUUAAUCAUAGUGAUGGAGAAGAUGAUAAAGUCGCCGCAAUUGGUGGGCGUGGAUGCACGGGACGAUCUUUAUUCUAUGCUGCCUAGCAGUGUUCGAUCAUCGCUGAGGGCUAGAUUGAAAGGCGUUGGAUUCUCGGCCAGCGAUCCGGUGCUCGCCGGAGAGUGGAGAGAGGCUUUGGGAAGGAUCUUAGGUUGGUUAUCUCCAUUGGCACAUAAUAUGAUUAAGUGGCAGAGCGAGAGAAGCUUUGAGCAGCAAAACUUGGUGCCCAAAACCAAUGUGUUGCUUCUGCAGACAUUAUAUUUUGCAAACAAAGAGAAAACUGAAGCCGCCAUUACUGAGUUGCUAGUUGGAUUGAAUUAUAUUUGGAGGUUCGAGAGGGAGAUGACUGCUAAGGCAUUGUUUGAAUGCAAUAACUUGAAUGGUUUGCUCAAUUUGCAGAGUUCUAGCUAGCUUAAAAAUUUCAAUAUCUAAGAGUUUCUGUUUUUAAUUUUUAAUUUUGUUUUCCUUUUGUUUUUUUGAGUUUUAAUUUUGAUUCUGAGAUCUUUAUCAUGGUUGAUUUUGAAUCGAACUAAGUUUCAGGUCUUUGAGGGUUUAUUUUGUAUUUAACCCCGAUAUGUAUAUGGUAAUCAAAUAUAUGUAAAUGAUAUGAUUUUUGAGUUAAUAUAUAAACUGUGAUAAACCACCAA